AUAUUUCAGAAAAUAACUCAAAAGUUGACUAGAUGGAAAUCAGCAUAAUUCACAUCAGGCCAACAGAUACCUUACGGGCGUAAAUUUGUGGUCGGAGACAGGAUAGCACAAAUAUAUGAUACUUUCUGUUUGCUCACGUGCAAGCACGGUAUUGGUGGUGCAUUCAAUUAGUUAGACAAACCCAUUGCAAAUAGCUUGGCUUGGAUUAUAAAUAACGCGAUCUUGAUUGUAGUUACUUUUCCAGAUACAGAAAACGUUUACCGAAGACUUAUUGAUUUUACGAUGCCUUCCCGCAAGCCUAUCAUUCCUCGCACUUCUGGGUCCGGGCAACUUUUGAAGGCUCUUCAUGUUGAAAUGCGACAGAGAACAAUAUUCAAGGAUAACACUUCUACGUCAUCAGGAAUCCAUAGCAACAGUGACGUUAGUGAACAAAGUGACCUGAAGAAAACACGAAAUCCAGAACUAUUGAAAUCGAACCUUAUUACACAGCGCCCAAAAAUGGGAAAAUCAAAAGCAAAAAAGACAGACGUAAUAUAUGGUGACGAAGUUGAAGAAAAUAAGAACGAAUCCGACAGCAGUGGGCCGGACGACGAUGGUGAUGAUGACGACAACGAUGAUGAUGUCACAGAUGACGAUGAAGGUGACCGUGACAAUGCCAAUUUUGAUGGCGACAAUGACUCAGAUGACAGUGACACUGAUGGCGAUCGCUAUGAAAAAGAGAAAGGAAUCCGAGUAAAUGAAGAUAUAGCAGCUUGGGAGCAUGCAAGGCCCGUAGUGAGGAACAGAUAUGACGUUCGAAAUCAGUAUACGGGUGGUCAAAAAUUCAUUCAACAAUACUCAGGACAAUCUACGGCUAUCGCGGGUACAAGAACGAACGCUACGGACAGACAAACAUCAGCACCGACAUCUUACGUUCGUCUUGUUAAAGAAACUGAAGACGAGAUAGAACUUAUUAGACGUAAACAUGGAGCACGCGUACGACAUGGUAAGAACAGUCAACAACUUGAUCCGGAGCAGCGCAAAGAACUGAUGUCAAAAAGAAGAUCGACAAAUUCAAUUACAUUUUUGUACGGUCGACGAAAGGAUCAUCGGGAUUCAAACCCAAAUGCAACUACAGAGAUUCCGAGGCGCAAUUCGCUGGAUGCAGCAACGAAAAAACAAAUGAGAGAACGGACAGUCACAAUGAAAUCCCGAGACAGGGAAGUCAGUGACCAUUUACAUCAACUUCAAGGAGGACGUAUGAUGUUCCAACCGAUAAAAACUCCAAGAUCGCAAAAUAAAGCUAUACCAAAUAUGUCACGCGCAUUGGUCCCUGCAUCAAAAGACUUGGUUCCUCGUCCAGCGCCUAGAGCAUUUCCAAAUGGAUACAAUAGUGAUGAUAGCGAGUUAAUUUUCCCUUUGCGCGAUAUGGCUGCCGGUGAGAGUGAACAUCCAUUAGAAAUGCGCAAGGCAAAGACACUCGAAACAGCUGCAAAAAGAAGAGCAAAGGCUCUUAAAAAUGACGUUGGAAUUGCUAGAUUAGAUGUUGCAGAAGCUAGAUUGUCUGAAUUUUCAGCAACGUUACGCGCUAGACAAGCAAAAAUAGAAGAGCGACAAGCUAAGCUAUGUAGGAGGAGAGCAGCACUGAAACUUGCUGAGGAAGAGCAAGAUGCCCUCGAAGCAAAGAUGGACGGAGAGGAAGAAGAUCACAGAGCACGGGAACGGAGGAUAAAAAAUCGCGAGAGAAGAGUGCGUCAAGAAGAAGCUGGACUUCGUUUAAAAGAAGAAUCUUUGCGCAAGAGGGAGGUAGCAAUCACACACGGUAUCGAACAGCUUGAAAGAAGACGCAAGCUUGUCGAGGAAAAAGAAGAUAUGCAAAAAUCAAUGGAAGAUAUAAUGCAAAAGAAAGAAGAACUCCACGGACGCGAUAUGAGUAGGUCCGUACAAAAAACUGGAUUUUUUGGAAAAAUGUUAAAAAAGAAUUCUGAAAAACAACCAGCGCCGUCGGACUACCCAACACCGCAUAUUCGUACCACAAAAAGUGGAAUCCCUUUAUCGUCGUCAUAUGACGUAGACAUCACAGAAACUCAACGGACAAACUCUCACCAUAAUAACAAUACUCCACGUAGAUCCUUACCCAACACAAACAACAUCACAGCUAAACCCCGAAAAGACAGCGAAUCAAAAGAUGGGAAAACUAAAUUAAUGGGUCUUUGGAUAUGAAAGGACUUUCAAAUUAUCGAGGCUGAUAUUUGACAAUAUUUAACUACUGUAUAAUGAGGUAUGAAUAUGUUCAUGGAAACUGUUCGAAAUAUCACCCAAGAAAGACGAUUACUAGCCUAAUGCAAAGACGUGAAGUGUUUACACCCUAUUUUUUGGAUAACAUUUAAAUAAAAGGCACUGAAAUGUAACGCAAAUUACCAUUGGCAGAUUUCAUAGCGCGCUUAGAGUUUUAAGCCAUUAUCUUGCUUUAAUAUAUUAUAUAUUUUCUAAAACUCGAUGUUAAAAUUUAUUAUCCAUUCAAGUAGCACCGAAAAUCUUUUAUAUACAUGUUAUGAAACCGAAGAAUGGUGUUGGGAACAUUUAACCAAAUAAGGCCAAUACUUAUAUUUCCCGAUACUGCUUCAAAUCAAGUACAGUUUUGGUCCAGCAACAAUCGAGGAUUAUGAAAGAAAAGUUUUCUACGAAAUUCACCAUUUCCUUCAAUACGGAAAUCAGAUUUUUUUUGUUCACGUUUAUCAUUGUGUGAACAAAAUGUGUUGUUGUUUAACUACAACGCCAUAACGUCAACCAACAGCGCAGCUGUACAUACACAGUAUAUAUAAAUAUAUAUAUACUUCACGUAAUUUUUGCAUAUACGAUAAUUUUUAUAUUUCAAAUUCAUUAAACAUUUUUACAUAUAACAUGGCAUGGUUGAAUCAUUUUUAUAAAAAUUAUAAAGCAUUGCAAAAUUUA